CGGCAGACCAGUGUCUCUUCGUGUGAAUACCCUAGUUCAGAGAUCUGUGUGGCCACUAAUGUCGGCCUGCUUCAUAUACCAUUAUGUUGGAACCUCGUCACAUCUAUUACGUCCUGUCAUUUUGAUAUUACAGUAUUAAUUUUGUUUCUCACGGUGCAAGCGAGUGCGUUUUCAAGAUUGUAUGACGGAUGAAUAUAUUUUCUAUCAAGCAAAUAUACAUGUUGUGAAAGGGAAGACAUUUCAUCAUGAUGGAUGUUGAGGGACAUACGGAAAACAAAUGCGGAAAAGAAAGAAUACAGAUGUGGAUGAAAACAGUACGGUUAUCAAAGCCUUCCGAGAGUUUCAAGUCCUGCUUGACACGAGGCAUGAUAAAUAUGAACGUUUAGUCAAACUUAGCCGAGAUGUCACCAUCGAAAGCAAGCGGACUAUCUUCAUGCUGCACAGAGUGGCAGGAAAUGAGGAUUCUGAGAGUCUCCUUGCGCAAACACUUGAAAAACUGAACAACAUAAAGCUGAUAAAGAUGAUGAAGAUAUCUGAAGAGUUGGAAGGAGAAGACCCAUAUCAGUUCUUACGGGCUUACUCCCCAGGUCUUCAGGAGUUCAUUGAAGCUGUGACCUUCUAUCACUAUCUGCACAGUGGGUCCCUGGUGACUCUCCAACAGAUUCAAGAUGACCUCACCUUCCCCACUCCUCAUCCAGCAGUGGAAAAUGUAGCAGAUAUAACUGCUCCAAAUGUGAAAAGGGAGGUAACUGUGCAAGUCCUCAUACCACCCCUGGAGUACAUGCUGGGCGUGGCAGACCUGACCGGUGAACUCAUGAGACUGACUAUCAACAGUGUGGGAGCUGGGGACUUACAGCUUCCUUUCAAAGUUUGUGCGUUCAUGCGACGUAUACAUGAUGCAUUUCUGUCCUACGGGAAUGUUUCUCGGGAACUGAAUCGAAAAAUGUCCACGCUCAGACAGAGCUUGCACAAAGUUGAGAAUGCGUGUUACACUAUCCAAGUGCGUGGCUCUGAGAUCCCCAAACACCUGAUCGCUGAUGUCCUCAGUGGGACUUCCGAGUGCAGCAGCAGGUUUCAGGAAGAACCAUGUGAUGAAUAGGGGCCAUUCUGUAAUAAAUCGGUCAAAAACCAA